UCCCUUACAGGUUUACCUCGUAAGGUCACGCUGAGCGAGUUGUGCAGUGUUUGUGCAUGUUAUGUACUCAUCACAAGGUGCAGCACUGCGCAGCCUCCAACAUGGCACGUGUGGGCUUCCACGUCUACCUGGUCCUGUACUUUUCUUUGCUCCACUCCAGCUCCGGACGCCCGCCUCGCAUCAGGAAGGCCGUGUCGCCUCGGGCAACCGAUGAUGAUGACGUGAAGGGCCAGCUUGAGAAGUUGUGGCGGGAGGUGAAUUUACUAAAAGAGAUGCAGGCCUUGCAGACAGUGUGCCUCCGUGGCAUCAAAGUUCACAGGAAGUGCUAUCUCACUGUUGAGGAACCCAAACACUAUCACGAAGCAAACGAAGACUGCAUCGCACAAGGAGGAACUCUUGCAACGCCGCGAGAUGCGAUGGAGAACAACGACCUUCGAGACUAUGCCAAGAGGAGUUCCCCGGGCUCCAAGGACUUCUGGAUCGGCGUGGCGGACAUAGUGAAAGAAGGCCAGUACGUUGACGUCAACAGUCAGCCCGUCGGCUACCUCAACUGGGACCGCUCCAAGAAGCAACCCACAGGAAGCAAGAGAGAGAGCUGCGUGGCCCUUUCAGUGGCAGCACAGGGCAAGUGGUACGACGAGGUGUGUCGCAGUUUGAAAAAGUACAUUUGUGAGUAUGUUAUUCCCUGAAGGCCACACGUGUUGGAUGCUCUCCUAUGCAGGUCAAUGAAAGAAAGAGAAAGUACUCGAUUUCCCCAAAUAGCGUCUAGCCGUCAUAAUUAAGACAAGUAAACACAUCCCUCAAACAGGUGCCUUCUUUUUAACGGCAGAAAUAAAAAUGCGUAGUCAGUACAGUGGUGCCUUGAAUUAUGAGUUUAAUUCGAUCCAUUAGUCGUUUUUCGUAAAAGGAUAAGUACGAUUUUUUUUCCUUUGAGUAUUAUCUUUUCUGUCUACACGCUUUGCUGCACUGCUUCUGUUCAAAUAGUCAUUGCUUCAUGGGUUGUCACGCUGCGACAAUCGCUGCUGGUUUCGUUAGCCCGUCUAUGGCGUUUUGUAUUGCGCGUUAACAUUCAAGUCAAGUCAAAUUAGUCAUUUGCCAAUUGCUCCAAAACUGAUUGACAUUCUUGGAAAUGACUGCCAGUUUCAUUUUCUUGAGCAAUGUAAGAUAACUUUGUGUGGUUGUUUUAAAAUACAUAACGUGUUUAGUGUGUUUAGUUUAACAGGGAACUUCAUCUGGGAGUGGCAAUAAACGGCAGCAGUAAGCCGUGCGACGGAUCGUACCCCGAAAAAAAGUCGGGUCACUUGUAAGUGAAUAUAUGUUCUUAGAUAGAUCUUUCACACACGUAAGACUGUAAAGUUACCAUUCUCAAUUAUGUUGCUAACCCAAACAGCAGCACCUACUGAAGCACAUAUAAAGCCUAUUAGAUGAUUUAAAGGGUGGAGACUUAAUUGCAUGUACUAAACGAGUUCCCUGCACAGUUUUAAAGAUGAUCUUAUGUUAUAUCUGAGUGCUCCGGUAGAUUCUGAACUCGGAUCACUCUCCAAUGUGUAAGUCUCUAUUUGUGUUGCGUUUUACUACAUUUCCUCACAAAUGUCCCUGUUCUUUAAACACCAAUUUAAUUUGACAUGAAUUGUAAUAUACUGGUAACAUUGUUACUGGUAACAUUUCCCCUCCAAAAGGUUACAAAAAAAGGCCUCCCUAAUAAUAAUAUUUGUGCAAAUAGAGUGGCUACAGUUGUUGAAAAUGGCAGAUACUGUAAUUCAAAAUAAUCUGAUAGGACUAUAUUGUCUGUAAAUCCGUACAACCCAAACAAGCCAAGUGUCUAUUUCUUUUUAUGAAAUUUAAGAUGCGUAUCUAAAGUCGUUAGUGCUCAAAACGAAAAUAAUUUUUAGACUAAAUGUAUGUUGGUGAUGUAGUAAGACAUUUGUUUUUUUCUUGUGAUCGUCAUAGAUGUAGACCCUCAUGCAACCUAUUUACCUUUCCAUUGAUCCAGUUUUUCAAGGUGUGCAAAGCUGUUUACUUCUCUAUCUAUGGCUGAUACCGCUUAGGAUGAGUGCGAUGCUAAUGCUCAUUAUCACCAUUUAAUUGCAGCGUCUUUAAGCAAGCAAGCGUCAAAUGUAAAGCAAUAAGUGUAUUGCAUGGAGAAUAAAUGUGAGUACCAAUUCA